AAUCUGCAAUGAACAGAAAAAAUGUUCGAAAUAUAACUACUAAACUCAUAUGUUUCUUUAAGACACAUCUAAUCAUUAUUUGCAUUAAUUCCCUCUAAUUUUGAAGAGGAUUAUUUCAAUGGAAUAAGGUAUCGAGCAAUGUGCACAUUACUAUAGUUCUUGAGGGAACCAUAUAAAUCAAUCAAAAUCAAUUGAAAUUGUUUUCACUGUGAAACGUAUUGAUUUUUAGAAACAUAAAUUGUGAUAUAUCAACCUCCAGCUUUAGGGAAAAAUUAUUUACUGUUCCAAAACUACGUUGGCCAUUGUAAUCAGUCCUGAAUCUGUUUUAAAACUAGAUGUAGUAUUUUUGAGUCAAUAUGAAAUAUUUUGUGUUGAUAUUGGCUAUAACAUUAAUAUAUUUGGAUUCGAUAAAUGCUGAUCAGUUGAGGGCUGUCACUGCUAUAGUAAAUCAUGGAGAUACAAUACCUUCAGAGUUCUAUCCUAGGGACCCCUACCAAGAUCCGGAUAUAUGGCAGAAACCUUUGGGACAACUUAGUAAUCUUGGAGAACAGCAAUCGUUCGGAGUUGGUCAAUGGUUUCUCAAACGUUACAUCCUCAAGAACCCUUUCCUAAGUCUUCACUACAAUGCUUCGCAAAUAUAUGUCUAUUCGGAGGAUCGAGAUGAAUCUCUCAUGUCUGCAGAAUGUAUAAUGGCUGGCUUCCUUCCACCAGUGGGUGAUGAAAUUUGGAAUGAAAAACUACUUUGGAGGCCCACCCCAGUUCACAACGCUCCUCUUUACUUGGAUAAUUCAGUGGGUCGAGGUGUAUACUGCCCGAAGUUCGAAGAAGAAGUUUUGAAAGUAGUGCAAGGUAGAUUUUUCAGGACCCACAAUAAGGCAGAGAAAAAUCUUCUGGAAUAUUUAACUGCUGAGACUGGAAUGAAAUUCCAAAAUAUCGGUCAGAUCCAAGCUCUGUUCCAAAUUCUGCAAGUGGAGCAAAACCAUAAUCUGACUCUCCCUCAAUGGACUGAAGCAGUGUUCCCAGACCUACUCGGAAAAAUAGUACUAGAAGAUUCUGUAUUAAGAACAAAGAAUCCUAAAUUGGCAAGACUUUCUAUCGGGCCUUUAUUCUCCCACAUCCAGAGGCAAUUCCAAGAUAUCCUCGAUAACAGUCCGGUUGUUGGUGCUGAACUUGGAAACAUAAGAAAAUUCAAGUUGUUCGUUGCUAAUAAUAGUUUGAUUUAUGAUAGUCUACACGCCCUAAAAGUGCCCCCAGUUGGUAUUGUACCCUUUAGUGCUAGUCUCAUUUUUGAACUAUGGCAAACAUCAGAAGGAAUGAACUAUGUUAAACUAAUCUACAGAAAGUCCCCUGAGCUCCACACUCCUAUUCAAGCACUGAAAAUAGGUGGAUGUAAGACAGCUAAAUGUCCGUAUGAACAAUUUAAUACCACGAUCAAUCAAUUUGCUGUCGGAUUUAGAGAAUGGAAUAAGCUUUGCAACCGUACCAGUCCUUCACCUUCUGCAAACGACGUUUAUUCUAAAGUCAAACUUGAUAUUUGAGUUGGGCAUAGAUCUUUUAGGUAUUUAUUCUUGGCUACCUAUAAAUUAGAUAUGUACUCUUUAAUUGGCUAAUUAUAAAUAUAUCGAUCGAAGAAUU